GUGUCGCCCUCGCCCUCGCCCUCGCCCCGCUGCCAUCCGCCCCCAAGACAGCCGCUGCGCAGCUCCUCGCAAUGCUGCCACAGGAGCCGCUCCACGCGGGCCCGCCCCCGACGACGCUCUACAAGGCCUAUUAUCCCGGCGACAAUGGCCCGUCGACGCUGCCCACAGCCCUCGCACACCCACACACGCCGCACCACGACGCCGCGCGCAUAUCAGCAGCAUACCGCAGCAGCCUUGGAUCCACGGCAAAGGGCAUCAUGAUCGGCAUCUUCUCCGUCUUGGGCGCCGCCGGCGUCUGCCUCCUCCUCGCCGCCGUUGUUUACUACUUCCGGUAUACGCAUUCGGGCCGCAUCUUCCUCGACCGCAUAACGCGCCCUGGUGAAUAUGACGACGAGCAGCAGUUUGCCAAGGAGGAGGCAGAGGCGCUCGAGUCCAUGGACGAGCUGCAGAGGACAGAGUACCUGCGGGCAAAAGCCUUUGUGCAAGCAAACCCCCCCGAAUCCGUCCAGACUGACAUCUCGCUUUCGCAAUUCCUGGCCAUUCAAGAAAAGGGCGUAUCUGCAUGGGAAUUCGAGCCCGAACUCGAAAUUGCAAACUGCUUCGUCGAAGGCCGCACCGAAAUCGAGUUCUUCGACUCCGAGUGCAGUGUCCAGAGCAACCUGCCCAUACCAAAGCAGAACGAAGUCUACUACUGGGAAGCCAAAGUCUACGAGAAGCCUGAGAACACCAGCUUAGCCAUAGGUGUGACGACUAAGCCGUACCCCUUGUUCAGACUACCCGGCUACCACAAGUCGUCGAUAUCGUACAUGUCCAAUGGAAACCGCCGCCACAACCAGCCCUUCCAGCCUUCUGCCUACGGACCUGCCUAUGUCCAGGGAGACGUCAUUGGCGUUGGAUACCGACCUCGAACCGGAACCAUCUUCUUCACCCGCAACGGCAAGAAACUCGACGACGUCGCACACGGCCUCAAGACGCAAAACUUCUUCCCUACGGUAGGCGCAAACGGACCGUGUCAGGUACACGUCAAUUUCGGCCAGAUGGGCUUCGUGUUCAUUGAAGCCAACGUCAAGAAGUGGGGCUUAGCACCGCAAACCGGAAGCCUGGCCCCUCCACCACCCUACGGCAGCGAGCAGGGAUCAAUACUGCUGGACUCGGGACGUGAAGGCGUAAGAGAAGGAAUGGCUGGUAGUUACAUCCAAGCAGGCUAUGGACAUGCACGGUCUAGUAGCCAUCAAGUGCGUCUUGGAAGACAAGUACCAACCAGCCCCGGACCUCAACGAAGCCCGACAGACAUCUCUUUGGCAGCACUCAGUCUCGUAGACUCGCACGACGAUGCCGGCGAAGGUACGAGCGAGGACCACCGAACAACAAUUCCAGCCGACCAGGGUCUUGGCCUGUUGCAGACUGGCGAGCUUCCCCCCGAGUACAGCAGCCCUGUCGGCUCUCCUAGCAUCAGGCAAACAUUUAGUCACCAGCACGGCUACUGGGGCGAGCGAGCACCCCUUCUGCAGAACCAGCAACAACCGAGCCGAACUAGCCCACCAGUCCCUACUUACGAUGCGGCCAUGGCGGAUACACCAGAGAUCCGACCACCCACAAUCAGAGUACGCAGUGGCACUUUUGGCGCAGUCGUUAGCCAGACCAUUGUUGUCGGUAUGUCUAACGUUGCCGGAGCGACUAAGAAAAGCGCAAUGGCGGCUGCCAUAUUUGUAGCGUAUUGCGUGGGGAAUAUCGUAGGGCCACAGUUGAUUGAUAGUAAAGAAAAGGUUGCGCAUUAUCCUAAGCUGUGGACCGGUCUGAUUAUUUGUUAUUGCAUUACCAUUGUUACAGCCAUGGCUUUGUAUGCUGUUCUUCUCCGGGAGAAUAAGGAGAGAGAUGCUAUGCCCAUUGACGAAGCAGAGCGUGACAAGCUGGCGUUCAUGGAUCUUACGGACAAGGAGAACCCGUACUUUAGAUAUGUUCUAUAG